GGGCCGGGACGAGGAUGCGGGGGCUGGUGGCGGUGUUGGCGGCGCUGAGCUGCGCGGCCCCGGCGGGGCGGGCGGCGGCGCCCGCAGGCGCCCUCAGCUCCAACGCCAUCAAGGGACCCCCCCCGGGGGGAGCGGCCGAGGCCAGCGCCGCCCCCGCCGCCCCCUUCGACGGCAGCAACAAGCCGCCGCCGGCCGCCACCCGGCAGCCUUUCCCCUGCGCCGAGGACGAGGACUGCGGCGCCGAGGAGUUUUGCGGGGGGGCGGCCCGCGGCGGGGGUGCCCCGCUCUGCCUCGCCUGCCGGCGACGCCGCAAGCGCUGCCUCCGCGACGCCAUGUGCUGCCCCGGCACGACCUGCAGCAACGGGCUCUGCACCCCCCCGGAGCCUGUCCACGGAGCCGCCGAGAUGGACGAGAUGGGCACUGAAGCUCUGCCCCGACGGACGCCCGCUCCCGCCUGGCUCCCCACUGCCAAAGGUGAGGAGGGGGACUUCUGCCUGCGCUCGUCGGACUGCGCAGCCGGGCUCUGCUGCGCCCGUCACUUCUGGUCCAAAAUCUGCAAGCCGGUGCUGCGGGAAGGGCAGGUGUGUACCCGGCACCGGCGGAAAGGCACCCACGGCCUGGAGAUCUUCCAGCGGUGCCAGUGCGCCGAGGGGCUGGCGUGCCGCCUCCAGCGAGAGCACGGCCCCGCCGAUGCCUCCCGCCUGCACACCUGCCAGCGGCACUGAGCAUCGCCAGACGGACGGACUCCGGCCUCGCCGGAGCGGAAGGUUGUUUCUCAAGGGAACUACUUUUAAGUGACUAAUUGCAGUACGUUACUGUGUUGUGAAUACUCGAGCUGGCACUUAGCUGUACAUAACGCCGGGACUUUUAAUGACUUUUUUUUUUUUUCCGAGGGUGCUGCCUUGUGCUCUUCAAGCCAUGACUGUGACUUUGUACACACUGGGUUUUUUUAAAUCUAGGUCAAAAGGAUGCGACCGUCUGUUUGCGAGCGAAUAAACCAUUCUUUAAAAAUCAGCCUGAGCCGCCUGCGCAUCCCUGCCUGCACGUCUCUGCCUGUGCGUGGCGGCUGUGGUCCCUCCCUGCCCCAUGGGAGGGAAGAUGCAGUCUGGGGUGGAAAUGCCCAAAGGGGGGGGGGGCUCAUCGGCAGCACCCCAUGGGAAAGGCUGCUUGGUUAUCACUGUUUAUUCCGCUCCUUUUUAGGAAUUACAGUGUGCCAUGGUAGCCACUGGAUACCCUCUGGCCACCAGACGCAGGGCCAAGGAUGGGUGCUGGGGCUCUGGGAAGGGCAGGCGGCAGUGAAACACCCUCCUGCCUGGUUUUUCCACGGGUUGAGGAGGGAGUGAAGGAUCACCAGAGGGGCUGUGCUAGACCGCGGCAACGGGUGCUGAGGAGCACAGUGAUCUCAGCUGCUCCAUCAGCGCAAUCUUUGCU